AUGCAGAUAACCUGGGAAUUACUUCCCAAAAAUGUUAAUCACAGCUGGAUUGAAAGAGUAUUUGGGAAAUGUGGCAAUGUUGUUUAUAUAAGUAUACCACAUUAUAAGUCUACUGGAGAUCCAAAGGGAUUUGCCUUUGUGGAAUUUGAAACAAAAGAACAAGCAGCAAAAGCUAUUGAGUUUCUUAAUAACCCACCAGAGGAAGCACCAAGGAAACCUGGUAUAUUUCCCAAGACAGUGAAAAACAAGCCCAUUCCUGCCCUUAGAGUAGCUGAAGAAAAGAAAAAGAAAAAGAAGAAGAAAGGCCGAAUGAAGAAAGAAGACAGUAUCCAGACCAAAGAGUCAAAUAUGGACACAAGCAAGGAAAGUGUCUGUAAAAAAAGAUCGAGGACCACAUCUGAGGGCUCUGAAGUAGAGGUUACUGAACCCCAAAAGCCUCCCACAAAGAAGAAAAAACGAGAAAGAACUGAAGUAUCCAGCUUACCUUUAGGCAAAACAGGGAAGAGAAAGAGAAGUAGCUCUGAAGAUGCAGAUUACCUAACUCCCAAAUCAAAACUUAAAAAAGUGGCUCAGAAAGGCAACAUUAAAAAAGAAGCUUCAGAAGUUUGUAAAGAAAACAAAGAAUUAGAAGUCUCUACUGAAGAGGAAAAAGACACUGGAGAUAUAAAAGAUGGAUCCCUCUUGAAAGCAAAAAGAAAGCAUAAGAAAAAACAUAAAGAGAGACAUAAAAUGGGAGAAGAGGUUAUACCAUUACGAGUACUAUCAAAGUAA